CUGAGAGUAUGCCACUUGAGCGGCCCUUUUCUUGACCAAAUACUGGUGAUUAGAGAAGAGAGUUUUUUUCCCCCCCUUGAUCAUUAUGAACAUUGGCUUUUCACCCUUGAAGUAAAAAUGUUGAAAGCUGAGUCUUCAGGUGAACGAACCACUCUGAGAAGUGCCUCUCCUCACAGGAAUGCAUAUAGAACUGAGUUCCAGGCACUGAAAAGUACCUUUGACAAACCCAAGUCAGAUGGGGAACAAAAAGCAAAGGAAGGGGAGGGCUCCCAGCAGAGCAGGGGGAGGAAAUAUGGCUCCAAUGUCAACAGAAUUAAAAACCUGUUUAUGCAGAUGGGUAUGGAACCCAAUGAGAAUGCUGCAGUCAUUGCCAAAACCAGGGGGAAAGGUGGACCUUCAUCCCCUCAGAGAAGAAUGAAGCCCAAAGAAUUUCUGGAGAAAACAGAUGGCUCAGUUGUUAAAUUGGAGUCCUCUGUAUCUGAACGAAUUAGUAGAUUUGACACAAUGUACGAUGGCCCUUCAUAUUCUAAGUUCACAGAGACCCGAAAGAUGUUUGAGAGAAGUGGGCAUGAGUCAGGGCAAAACAACCGCUAUUCCCCAAAGAAAGAAAAAGCUGGGGGGAGUGAACCACAGGAUGAGUGGGGUGGUUCCAAGUCCAACAGAGGCAGUACUGAUUCCUUGGACAGCCUUAGCUCCCGGACCGAGGCUGUCUCCCCAACGGUGAGUCAACUGAGUGCAGUAUUUGAGAACACCGAGUCCCCCAGUGCCAUCAUUUCUGAGAAGGCUGCAAACAAUGAAUACUCAGUGACUGGGCAUUAUCCUCUGAAUUUACCAUCUGUUACUGUUACAAAUCUUGACACCUUUGGCCACCUUAAGGAUUCUAAUUCUUGGUCUCCAUCGAACAAACAAGGGGUUGAUACAGAGGAUGCUCAGAAGAGUAAUACAACUCCAGUACCAGAAGUGGCUCCUAAAAGUACCUCUCUAGCUUCGUUACCUAGUGAAGAGAUACAGCAGAGCCAGGAAGCCGAGGACUCCAUAUCUAACCAGGAGACUCCGGACAGAAUUGACAAAGAUCUUCCUGAAGAGCCUUGUGCUGAAAAUAAGGCAAUGCCAAAGUCUGAUAUCCUUUCACCCCAAAACCAACCUUUAGGAGAGGCUGAAGCUAAUUCUGUUGGAAGUGAGGCAGCAAAGCAACAGAGGAAAGAACUUGCAGGUGGUGAUUUCACCUCUCCUGAUGCUUCUGCAUCCAGUUGUGGAAAAGAAGUACCUGAAGACUCAAAUAAUUUUGAGAGUUCCCAUGUGUAUAUGCAUAGUGACUAUAAUGUGUAUAGGGUGAGAUCCAGGUAUAAUUCUGACUGGGGAGAGACAGGCACUGAGCAGGAUGAGGAGGAAGAUAGUGAUGAGAACAAUUACUAUCAGCCUGAUAUGGAAUACUCGGAAAUCGUUGGAUUGCCAGAAGAAGAAGAAAUCCCAGCAAAUCGGAAAAUUAAGUUUAGUAGUGCUCCAAUUAAGGUUUUUAACACAUACUCCAAUGAAGACUAUGACAGGAGAAAUGAUGAAGUUGACCCCGUGGCCGCAUCUGCUGAGUAUGAACUUGAAAAGCGUGUAGAGAAGCUGGAACUUUUCCCAGUGGAACUAGAGAAAGAUGAGGAUGGUCUUGGUAUCAGUAUUAUUGGAAUGGGUGUUGGAGCAGAUGCUGGACUUGAGAAACUGGGAAUAUUUGUCAAGACAGUUACAGAAGGUGGUGCUGCUCAGCGAGAUGGCAGAAUACAAGUCAAUGACCAGAUUGUGGAAGUGGAUGGAAUCAGCUUGGUGGGUGUCACACAGAAUUUUGCUGCAACAGUUCUCAGAAACACCAAAGGCAAUGUCAGAUUCGUUAUUGGACGAGAAAAGCCAGGACAAGUGAGUGAAGUUGCCCAGUUGAUAAGCCAGACACUGGAACAAGAGAGGCGCCAGAGAGAGCUGCUGGAGCAGCACUAUGGGCAGUACGAUGCUGAUGAUGAUGAGAACACUGUGGCUGAAUUUCAAGGAGUAUCUGCCAACUGCAAUAACAAUAACAACUGUGUCCUUAAGACAGGAGAAUAUGCCACAGAUGAAGAAGAGGAUGAGGUAGGGCCUGUUCUUCCUGGUGGUGACAUGGCCAUUGAAGUCUUUGAGCUGCCUGAGAAUGAGGACAUGUUUUCUCCAUCAGACCUGGACACAAGCAAGCUCAGUCACAAGUUUAAAGAGUUGCAAAUCAAACAUGCAGUUACAGAAGCAGAGAUUCAAAAAUUGAAGACCAAGUUGCAGGCAGCAGAAAAUGAGAAAGUGAGGUGGGAACUAGAAAAAACCCAACUCCAACAGAACAUAGAAGAAAAUAAAGAAAGAAUGCUGAAGUUAGAGAGCUAUUGGAUUGAGGCUCAGACAUUAUGCCACACAGUGAAUGAACAUCUUAAAGAGACCCAAAGCCAGUAUCAGGCCUUGGAAAAGAAGUACAACAAGGCAAAGAAAUUGAUCAAGGAUUUUCAACAAAAAGAGCUUGAUUUCAUCAAAAGACAAGAAGUAGAAAGAAAGAAAAUAGAAGAUUUAGAAAAAGCUCAUCUUGUGGAAGUUCAAGGCCUACAAGUGCGGAUUAGAGAUUUGGAAGCUGAAGUGUUCAGACUACUGAAACAAAAUGGGACUCAAGUUAACAAUAACAACAACAUCUUUGAAAGAAGAACAUCUCUUAGUGAAGUCUCCAAAGGGGACACCAUGGAGAACUUGGAUAUCAAACAAACAUCUUGUCAGGAUGGCUUAAGUCAAGACUUGAACGAAGCAGUCCCAGAAACAGAACGCUUGGAUUCAAAGGUCCUAAAAACUCGAGCCCAGCUUUCCGUGAAGAACAGGCGGCAGAGGCCCACUAGGACAAGACUGUAUGAUAGUGUCAGUUCAACAGAUGGGGAGGACAGUCUAGAGCGAAAGCCUUCAAACAGUCUCUAUAACCUCAUGCAUAUUACCAAAUCAGUUCCGCCCAAGGGUCUGAGAACUUCUUCUCCAGAAUCAGAUUCUGGGGUUCCACCCCUCACUCCAGUGGCUAGCCAUGUGCCCUUCUCGCCUGACCACAUAGCAGAGUUUCAAGAAGGACCGCUGCACCCAGAAAGGGGGCCUUUCUCCUCUGUUUGGGGAGACACUUCGCUUUCCUCUCCUUCAAAAUCUGAUCAUGAUAUGGAAGAACCUCCUUGCCCCCAUCAAGCUACCAGAAAGAAAAUAUUACGAGAAAAAGAUGAUGCCAAAUGUCCAAAAUCACUAAGGGCAUCCAGUUCAUUGGUGAAACAAGGAGGAAAAAUUAGGCGGAAGUUUGUGGAUCUGGGGGCACCUUUGCGAAGAAAUUCCAACAAAGGAAAAAAAUGGAAAGAAAAAGAAAAAGAAGUUAAUAGGUUUUCUGCAGGUAGCAGGAUCUUCAGAGGCAGGCUGGAAAACUGGAAAGCCAAGCCGCCCUCCGCAGCUCAGGCCUCCACCCGCUCCCCUUGCAUGCCUUUCUCCUGGUUUAAUGAAAGCCGGAAAGGAUCCUAUUCCUUCAGGAACCUGCCUUCACCUACAAGUCCCCUUCAGCCUCCUCCUGAGACUCUAAUUUCAGAUAAAACGGGGUCUAAGGUAGAAAACACAUGGAUUGAAAAAGCAAACAAGAAAAACCCAAACCCCUCCUCCUGUUCAGUCUUUGGAAGGCGUCCUCAACCUGUGUGUGCUCUGGAUCCGAGGAACCGUGUGAAUUUUACCUUCAACGAUGACUUCAGUCCCAGCAGUACCAGUUCCGCAGACCUGAGUGGCUUAGGAGCAGAACCCAAAACACCAGGGCUCUCUCAGUCCUUAGCACUGUCAUCAGAUGAGAGCCUGGAUAUGAUAGAUGACGAGAUCCUUGAUGAUGGACAGUCUCCCAAACACAGUCAGUAUCAGAGUCGGGCCGUUCAUGAAUGGAGUGUGCAGCAGGUUUCUCACUGGUUAAUGAGCCUAAAUCUGGAGCAGUAUGUCUCUGAAUUCAGUGCCCAAAACAUCACUGGAGAGCAGCUCCUGCAGUUGGAUGGAAAUAAACUUAAGGCUCUUGGAAUGGCAUCAUCGCAGGAUCGAGCUGUGGUUAAAAAAAAACUGAAGGAAAUGAAGAUGUCUCUAGAGAAGGCUCGGAAGGCCCAAGAGAAAAUGGAAAAACAAAGAGAAAAGCUGAGGAGGAAGGAACAAGAGCAGAUGCAGAGGAAGUCCAAAAAGUCGGAAAAAAUGACAUCAACCACAACAGACGGCCCUGGUGAACAGUAGCACACCCUCCAGAGGGUGAGAAGGCUCAAGAGAAGGCUCCCCUCUUCCUGCCCUGUUCUCCUCCAGAAAAAGAAACUGGUGAUAGGGUAAUGCUGCUGUAGACAGACUGAGGAACCSUGUGUUGAAUGACUGCAUUUUCUGCAAUAAUAGAAUGCACUCCUAAUUUUAACCCCUGAAAGAACCCCAAACCAUCUUUGGUUUGUUAACAAACCAGAGAUCUCAUUUGGGAGAGACACAAAGUAGUUGUGUUGCUCUCCUGUCCUACUUACCAACAUCCUGUGUUGUGUUGGGCGUGUUGUGUCAUGUGGAAAACCAGCAUGACCCUGCCACAAGAACAGGACACCCCCCUGGUGUUCAUGUAGCACUUGGAAUUUUCAGUGUAGGAUCCUGAAACUAGGCCCUUGCACGUAUUUGUGUGGCAGAGAGCACCCUGCCAAUGAGAUCUGGGGCACAUAUUUGCUUCUAGGGUGCAGAGUCCAGUCUGGUGUGUGGGAAGAGCUCUCCCUUGGUCCUGGGUCUGGGCAGAGAACAGCACCAUUGUGGAAGCAUGGGUGUUGUGCCACAUAAUUUUGUCCUAAGGGAARGAGCAAGCACACAGUCCUGCUUGCUGGGCAUCAGAAAAAGUGAAGAGAAUCAUAGUUAUUCGUUAACUGUAGAAGAGAAUAAAAGCCUUAAGAAUGUGGAUGUGGGUAUACCUUGGGGUUUGAAGGUAACAUUUAUCCUCCAGAUGUUGCUGAACAAUGAAGAAAAAAGUCAAACUUUAAUGUAGCCUUGGGAUGUUGGGAUAUGUUGUUUACUUUGCUACCACUGUAGGUUCAGUAUUUCAGCAACACUGGCAAACACAACACAGUUCCUUUGUCCCCCACACACAACAAAUUGAACAGGAAAUUGAUUUUUAAGGAAACCAACAUUUUCAGGUUUCCUCUCCUGGGGAACAUUCUGGCUGGUCUUCAGCCUGCCUAUGACAGAGUCAGGAAYUCGUCACAUAUUUUCUACUCAGAAUUUCCCAAGUGGGCUCAGUUAGUGUUUUAACAAACUCACUUUUAAGGAAAAUAGAAAUAUCAGUUAGAGAAAAUUUAGAUUUGAGUAACAUUCAACCAGAGAACCAAWUUUUUUGAGCACACAGAACGUUCCUAUAAAACAGAGCUGUCAGUUAGUUACAUUUUAGAGAUAUUUUGAAUGGUUUUUCUGAGCCAUUCUCUACCAUACUCCAGAGAUUUCCACUUUACAGUUGAAGUUUGUUUAAGGCAGUACAUAGGAUACACUUUGGUAGUGGAAGAACUUAUGCUUAUUUUAAAGCCAGUAUUAAGGACUUCAGUAUUUCACCAAACUUAGUUGAGUGUAGGAGACUAGGGCAGAAAGAGGAGAAGAUAAACUAAUCGAGAAAUUUCCAAUGAUGAGGGGUUUUUUUGUAUUUUGUUUUGCUUUUUAUGCUUAUGUAUCUUGUUCUCUUUGCUGCUUUGGCUCCAAAAAUGAGGUCAUCCACUUUCCAAUGGACAACUUUCAAAGUACAACUUGAGGCCAGAUAAAUUUCAGAUAAGUAUUUUACCUCUUUUGUGACACUGGGUCUUGCUCUGUCCUCAGCGUUGUCCAUGCUGAAGUGUUGUACACGCAGAGCACAGGAGAUGGCUCUUGAGUAUUACAGUAACAGUGUAAGGGGACUCCUGCCGUAUAGCCCCACCUAAUAUUGUUAACAUUGUGAGAUUUAACUUUUAUUAUUUUUAAUAUCCAAGUUCUGAAAUUGUCUGAACUAGAAAUGUAUUGUCUUAUUCUUUCCUCAAGGUCUGAUUCCUUUUCUGCCACAGUAUGGUCUGGUCUGCUAAGCUUCAGUGAUUUUGUCACCAGGUACAGAUCAUACAUUCACUCCUCAGAAACACUGAUGUAUAGCAGCUUUUACAGUUAGGAGAGGCACUAUUAGGUUUUUCUGUCUAUCUUCAUUUGGGAUAUGAUAAUGAAACUGCCAUACUCAAUACUUAUUAAUAUCUAGAAAUGUCUGGUGCUUCCUAUUAUUAACAUCACAAGAAACCAGGAGCAACUAUUAAUGAACUACAAAAUUCAGCAAAUCUUUCCUCAUACUUCUAGAAGAUUAAAUUAGUAAAAAUCUGGUAAUGCUUGUGCUUGCUAUUGUAAAUUUUUGCCAUUUUCGCUUUCUUUGAAGAAAAAGUAACCUGGAUCACACUGGAGGUUUCACUGUAUUCAAGAGUGGUAUGAUUAUUUUAAGUUAUGUUUACACUUCAGUAAUAUUUGAAAAUGAAUGUAYAUAUUGAAAUGUCUAUAAGUCUCUG